AAUGUAAUUUUAUCAGCGACGAUGUUUAUUUAAGACUCAAAUUCGCUCACAUUUCUUUAGUCCCGCGUCUGUGCGGUGUCGCGUGUCAGCCUUUGUCGCUUUCGCGAAAUAACAAAUCAUGAAAUCAAUAUACAGUAAAAUUUGAUCAUGUACCCGGUUUAUUUCUUUUAGUGCUUACAAAUUUUGAUUUUCAUUCUUCACCUUUCACAACAAAAUCACCUUCUCGAAUACUAGCAAAAUUCAAUUGGAAAAACUAAGUUUCGUCAAAACACCGGAAAUAUGGAUAAAACGACCAGUGGCAACGAUAAAACCUGUUACAGAGUUGUCCUAACAGGAGGACCAUGUGGCGGAAAAACGACCGGUCAAGCCAGGCUGAGCACGUUUUUCGAAAAUAUGGGAUGGAAGGUCUUCAGGGUACCGGAGACCGCCUCAGUUCUACUAAGCGGGGGAAUCAAGUUCAGCGAUUUAAGUGAAGAGGAAGCCCGUGGUCUCCGCAUCAAAAUUCAGCAAAUUCAAAAGGGCGAAGCCGAAGUGCCUGCUCAUAGUGAGGCCGUUAAGUUCCAAGAGAACCUCCUGAAGACCAUGAUCCAGAUCGAGAACACCUUCUUCGAGCUGGGGAGGUCCUGCAACAGAAACUGUCUCAUAAUUUGUGAUAGAGGUGCCAUGGAUGCUUCAGCAUUUAUAACCAAAGAAAAGUGGGAACACAUAAUGAAAGACAACCACUGGAACAACGUCGAACUGCGCGAUAACCGCUACAACCAAAUCAUUCACAUGGUUUCGGCGGCCAAAGGAGCCGAAGAGUUUUACUCGAUUGAAGACCACAGUUGUCGCUCCGAGGGCGUCGAGCUGGCCCGCGAGCUGGACUCGAACGCCGCCGCCUCCUGGGUCGGGCACCCCUACUUCGACGUCAUCGACAACUCCACCGACUUCGAGGGCAAGAUCCGGCGCAUGAUCGGCUCGGUGUGCCACAAGAUCGGCAUCGACACCGGCGACCGCCUGCUCAAGAACGCCCGCAAGCUGAAGUUCCUGGUCAAAGGGCCCCUGCCGGACGCCUCGCUGUUCCCCAAGUUCCAAGACUUCGAAGUGGUUCAUAACUACUUGCAGUCGAACUCGCCGAACCAAGUCAGGUUGCGAAAGCGGGGACAGAAAGGGCAUUACAGUUAUAUUCAUACUGUGAGGCGGCAGAACCAGCCUGGAGGACAAGUGAUUGAAGUUAAAACGCAGAUAACUCACCGUGACUACAUCAACCUCCUCACCCAGAAGGACAAUUCACACUUUACGAUUUACAAACUACGGAGGUGUUUUAUUUACAACAACCAAUAUUUCCAACUUGAUAUCUAUCAGCCACCGAGUCAUCCCAGGUGCCGAGGUUUGAUCUUGCUUGAAACCUACUCGGCUUUGGACGAGGCGAGUUUGAAGGAGACGCUCCCGCCGUUCCUCCAGAUCGAAAAGGAAGUAACAGGAAAUCCGGACUACUCCAUGUUUAACUUAUCAUUGCGCGAGGACUGGACAACAUCGAAAAAAUUCUGCUUUUAUCCUUCCGGCCCCCAGGACACCCCAGCCCAUGACUAUGGCUACGAGGCCGGGAAGGACAAAAUUGCAGGGAAUUUGAACGGUCUCGACUGCAAAAAGUCGCUAAAAAUGAACGGCCACGCUGACGUGAAGGGUAAAGAAUGUAACGGAAAAGCUUAAUUUUGAUCGGUUGAAGGAUUUCCAUAAUGGACGCUUUAAGGCCGCUCGUAGCUCUCUCCUAAGUUGUAUUAUGUUUUCCGUAAUUUUGAGUUUCACGCGUCCGUUAUGGAGGUUGAUCUCCCGACUCACUUUAUUAUGUAGUCCUACGGUUAAUUAUUUUAAUAGUUAUUUAUGUAGCUUACUUUACUUUGUAGACACAGUAUUUAACGUAGCGGUGAUAAUUAGACCAGUAUCAAUGUUGAAUACCAGUGGCAACCAACUUUCAGUACUACUUAAUCGUGUGACGAACUGAACUUCUCAAUUGAAUUUUAAUCAUCCAACUGAAAUAAAUCGGAAAGACUGUUCACUUUUUACGAAAUGAAAAUUUACAAAGUCUAUUUUUAAACACUUUUUACUUGUCACACAACUUACUUUUGCACUUCGAAAUCGAGCUCGCGAUCGUAGAAACAAACAUGUACCUGUUUAGAUUACUUGUUGAAGCUUUCGUUGUUAUUUCAUUUCCUGAGAUGCUGUUGUAGAUUUCGUUAUUUUAUUUGCUGUGACUUUAAUUUUAAUCGGCCGAAGAAAUUGUACAAAACACAGGAGAGGGCAAUUCUAAAGGUAUUUCACUGUUUUUAAUUCCUUUUUAAUAAAAUUUAUGCAUUUAGAGAUAUAAAAGGUGGAAACUCUCGUGCUUCCACUGAUAUAUAACCCCAUCUUUGGGGUUUAGAGUGUGAUAAUGUAUGUAAUUCUUCUACUCGCUUAAUAAAUGUGUACUUAUACUGAGGGCAAGCGCCCUUUUUAUCAUGACAUGUUAAGUAUUCAGGUGAGUCAAGGGCUCGACCUUGCGCAACCUUACCAAUAAAUAGUCACACACAA